CGCAUAACACUGUUAACUUCUGUUUCGGUGAGUAGUUUGUUUAAUUUUCUAUAUACUAAUAAAGACAGUAGUUUACAUUAAAACUGAGUUUGUGGUCUAUUACUGCUGGUACAUAACACAAGUUUGUUUCUUUCCACAGAGUGGCGGGUUGCUGGACUCUCUGCCUGGGUUGUGACCCCACAGGUCACGUGAUCCCGUUCGCCCCUCCCAUUCAACCGCAGACGGGCAGCAGCUGCGCGUCUGUUCCCGAGGCCCCGCCCUCCGCAUGACGCAACAAUCACUCCGCGCCUGCUCACAGUCUCCAGAUGGACGGUGUUUGCCUUUCCGCUCGGUGCUGAAGUGAGUCCGUCUGCGGGAUCGGCAAAGGUUUAUCGCCUCCUGGGUCGGGGCGCCGGGGGUCGGGAUCACUGUCUGCGGGCCGAAGAUAUCACUUUCCCAUCGAUGGGGCUGGAUGGUCGUCCUUCUGCAGUGAAGCAGAAAUUUUUGAACAGAUGGACAUUGGUUGUGGAGAAAUCCCGCAUUGCACUACCCAGUCUGAGAUGCGGGGACGAUGUGUGAGACUCUCAGGGUCGUUAGACCUGCGGUGAGAGAUUUAUUGGAAGAAAAACCCACAACUGGAAGCAAACCACGACUGAAGACGAGGGAACAGCAACAAGUGAACCAGCCCGAGGAUUGAGAGCAUCAACUGGAGAGAACCCAUCUGACUCGGAGAAUCCAGUGAUUCAGUCAGGAAAAAGUUUGGUUAAAAAUGACAAGGAAUUUGUCUACGGGAACCUCGAACACAACACGCCAGUUUUGCUGUCUCUGUCCAGAUAUUUAAGAAGUGGAGCAAGGGAUUCACUCGAUCAUCCUUCCUGCUCAGACUGUGGGGAGGGAUUCACUCGGUCAUCUCAACUAAAGGUACAUCAGCAAGUUCACUUUGGGACAAGGCCAUUCACCUGUUCUGUGUGAGAAGGGAUUCAGUCAGUCUUCCUACCUGUGGACUCACCAGUCAGUUCAUACUGGGCAGAGGCUGGUUUUCUGCUGAAUUUGUGGUGAAGGAUUCACUCGGUCAUCUGACCUAAUGGCUCACCAGCGAGUUCACACCGGAGAGAGGCCAUUCACCUGCUCAGGCUGUGGGAAAGGAUUCACUCGGUCAUCUCAACUUAAGGUACAUCAGCGAGUUCACACUGGGGAGAGGCCAUUCAUCUGCUCAGUGUGUGGGAAGGGAUUCACUCUGUCAUCUUACCUACUGGCACAUCAGUCAGUUCACACUGGAGAGAGGCCAUUCACCUGCUCAGACUGUGGGAAAGGAUUCAGAAAGUCGUCUAAUCUGAAAGAUCAUCAGAGAAUUCACACUGGGGAGAGGCCAUUCACCUGCUCAGACUGUGGGAAGGGAUUCAUUCAGUCAUCUAAACUGAAGGAACAUCAGAGAGUUCACACUGGAGAGAGGCCCUUUACCUGCUCAGACUGUGGGAAGGGAUUCACUUGCUCAUCCCAACUGAAGGUACAUCAGAGAGUUCACACUGGAGAGAGGCCGUUCACCUGCUCAGUUUGUGGGAAAGGAUUCACUCAGUCAUCCGGGCUGCAAGCACACCGGUCAGGUCACACUGGGGAGAGGCCAUUCAUCUGCUCAGACUGUGGGAAAGGAUUCAUUCAGUCAUCCCACCUACAAGCACACCGGUCAGUUCACACUAGGGUGUGGCCAUUAACCUGCUCAGACUGUGGGAAAGGAUUCACUUCAUCAUCUCAACUUAAGAUGCAUCAGCAAGUUCACACUGGGAAGAGUCCGUUCACCUGCUCAGACUGUGGGAAGGGAUUCACUUGCUCAUCCCACCUACAAGCACACCGGUCAGUUCACACUGGGGAGCAGCCAUUCACCUGCUCAGACUGCGGAAAGGGAUUCACUCGGUCAUCUAAUCUGAAGGAACAUCAGCGAGUUCACACUGGGGAAAGGCCGUUCACCUGCUCAGACUGUGGGAAGGGAUUCACUCGGUCAUCCCACCUACUGGUACACCAGUCAGUUCACACUGCGGAGAGGCCAUUCACCUGCUCAGACUGCGGGAAGGGAUUCACUCAGUCAUCCGACCUACUGGUACACCAGCGAGUUCACACUGGGGAAAGGCCGUUCACCUGCUCAGUGUGUGGGAAGGGAUUCACUCAGUCAUCUAACCUUGUGACACACUACCGGGUUCAUACUGGGAGAAACUUUCAAUGAGCUGCAUGCUGGACAUUUGUCCAUCACCGUUGCUGAAUGCUAUUUCGAGAGUGUCUGAUGGUGCUGAACUCUGCAAUUAUUGCUGCUGCUCACCACUCCCAGUUCUGCACCCUGGUCACUGGGCAUGGGAGGAGUUUCUUCUGCUGCAUAUUCACCUUUAAUGGGACUGGAGUUUAAUAUUCUGCAUCUGAGACAAAUAAAUCAGUUCAGUUUUAAACUCUGUCUACGGUACUUAGUGAAUUUAUACCACAACUAGUGUACAGUAGAGAGAGUCAACUCAGGCUGGCUGGACCCUGCCAGUGAUUCAGUUCCACAACAGUGCUUUUAAAAUCCUCCCCUGUUGUUCCCCUGUCGCUCUCCCUGUGGUGAUGGGUUCCAAACGGUCACCACUCUGUGGGUGAAGAGGUUCCCCUUGAACUUUCUGCCGACUGAAGAAGUCGAGGAGAAGGGAAUGAGCAGUGGGGCGUGGCAACAAAUGACAGAGAAGCAACAUUUGGAAGCUGAUUGACAGAGAAAAUCUUUUGCUUGUCCACCUGAUGACACAAACAAUACCUGUGCACCACUGGUCGAGGAACAUGUGUGUGUUGGGGAUGGUUUUAUCUAUUGAGGGAGUUGUUCCUGCUUGUUUAUCCUGUAAUAUUAUAUCUGGUUAUUAUGGAUUGUCCUGUCUGAAAUAAUGUAUUCAUUAUCAAAUAAUUUGUAAGAUUUUGACUAUAAAACUGGAUCAGGCUUGAAUUUAUGGUGCCUUUAUGAAGUGAUGGAGGGCAUUCAUGAGUUUGUAUUUUAAAGUAAGAUUUUGGUGAAUUAUAUUUGCCACUUGAUUGUACCUUUGUAAGUAAUCACAUUGAGUUAAACUGCUGAAGGAUCCUGAAAUGUGUUGGCUUGUGUCUGGUUUCUCUUGGCAUUUUCUGCACUUACUGCCUUAUUUGUUUGUAUUUCAUGUGUUUUUGAUUUUUUUUUUCCUUUUUUUUUAACUAUCCUGUCCAGUAUAUCUGCAAGGAACCCCUCUGUUUCUGGGAAGAGGUCUCCAACUGUCAGUCAGGUGCUCGAUGCUUCCUUGUCACCAUCUCGUCUGCUCAGAUCACUGGGAUGUCUCCCAUGGGGGGGGGGGGGUCAUACUCAUUCAACUGGUUAACGUUCUCUUCCAUAGUGAUGAUUUUCCUCCCGCAAACAUACCCACAGACUUGGCCCCCACUGCCAUCUGUGUCAGAGAAUUCCAGAUUCACAGCUCUCUGACUAAAUAAAAUCCUCCUUAACUACUGUAAAAGGUUGCUCCUCAGUUUUGUGCCCUCUGUUAUGGCUACACCCACCAUACGAAAAGUCCUUUCCUCAUCCACCCUAUCCAGACCUUUCCACAUUCGGUGGGUUUCAGUGAGAUUUACCACCCCCCCCCACCCGCAUUUAUUAAAUAUAAGUCAGUGCAGGAGUACAGGCCUAAGGCUGGCAAAUGCUUCUCAUAUCUUCACCCCUUCAUUCCUGGAAUCACCUUCUUGAACAUCCUCUGGACUCUCUCCAAUGAAAACACACCUUUUCUGAGAUAUGGGUCCCAACUACUCUAAGUGCGGCCUAAGUAAUGUCUUAUAAAGUAUCAGCAUUAUCUCCCUUUAAAUUCUACUUCACUUUAAGUGCCAGCAUUACAUUUGCCGCCUUUACCACAGACUCGACCUGUAAAUUAACCUUCUGGGAGUCUUGCCCAAGGGCUCAUAUUUCCUUCUGUACUUCUAUUGUUUGAAUCUUCUCCCAAUCAGAUCAUAGUUCACUAUUGUUCCUUUUGCCAAAAUGCAUUAUCGUACAUUUCCUAAUAUUGUAUUCCAUCUGCCACCUUUUUGCCCAAUCUUCAAAUUUGUCUGUGUCCUUCUGCAAUCGCAUUGCUUCCUCAGCAGUACCUCUGCCUUCACCUAUCUCUGUAUCAUCCGCAGAAAGCCAAAAAGCCAUCAGUUCCAUUAUCCGAGUCACUGACAAACAAUGUGAAAAGUAGCGGACCGAAUACUGACCCCUGAAGACCAGUUGUCACUGCGACCCAACCAGAAAAGGCCCCUUUUUAUUCCCACUCGCUGCCUCUUGGCUGUCAGCCAUUUCUCUAUCCAUGCCAGUAUUUCUUCUGAUUAUUAUCCUGUUAAGCAGUCUCAUGUGUGACACCUAUCAGAUGCCUUCUGAAAAUCCAAGUAAA